GCCCUCGGGGUGCCCUUAAUGCCGGCGGAGGCUGAAAGCAAGGUAGGACGUGGUGAUGUUUGCAUUUGGCACACUGUGCUGUGUGGACCGGAAAGAAUGGAAUCGUUGGAAGAUUAUGUAAAGAUAAAGAUGUAGAUACCACUUUAAAAGAGUAAUAAUGGGACCGGGCAUUCAAGAACAUCCUUUAUUACUGCACCAAAAGGCACAGAAAAAGGAAAGCCAAAUCAAUGAAAACCACAAAGGAACGGUAAAUUACAGUAAUGGAAAAAGCCACCCAAGCACCAAAGGAGUAAAGAAAUCAGUUUCUCAUGUGAAAUCUCCUGGAAGGUUAUGCAAAAAUGUACCAACUACCAAUGAAAAGACUUCCUGUGACGCUCAAGAUGAUAACCAACCAAGUGUUUUGAAGAAGGGAAGAAACCAACCAGAUGACAGUACUCAGUCAAAACAGAUCACGAGUGUUUGCACAUCACUGCCCAGAGUACAAGGGUCAAAGAGGAGUCUCCCAGAAACAAGGCAAAGUGAAUCUUUACUGCACAGGAUCCCUCCUGCCACAAAAGGCAGCACACAAGGUAGCUUCUGUAGGGUUAAAGAUGUCCCAGUGCAACAUUUUUACUGCAGUAAAAAAGAGCAGUUAGAAAAGAAUCACGAAGAACAUGUUGCUGAAGCUGGUCCGUGCUCCUCUAAAUGGCAAGAAGCAUCUGUGAAUGAAAUGUUUCUUGAUUUUGAAUCGGUACAAAUUAUUAAAGAAGAUGCCGAAGAUGAUAGUGCCAGUGAUCUCUCUGAUUCAGAAAGGAUUCCCAUCCCUCCAUCUCCCUGCACACCACCAGAACUCAUACUCAGAGCUGAAGAAAUUGAUCCACUUUGUUUGGAACGUGUGCCUGAUACGGGUUUUAAAGAGUCAGAAUAUUACUACCCAGACUUCCUGCCACCCCCUUUUAACUCAUGGGACUUGAAGCAACUGGCCAUCUUUGUUAACGUGGAAGGUAGAUCGGAACUUCGACCAAAGCCAACCGGGUUUCUUGAGAAAUACAUUGAUCGCCUUUUGCAGCUGGAGUGGCUGCAAAUGCAGACUGUGCAGAAUGAGAAAGCAAAGGCAGCCAAAGCCAGACCACAGACUGCUCCCAGCUCCAUACGUACCCUAAAAAGCCCUGGCAAAUGCAAAGCAUUGCUUAGCCCUUCGCCUAACAAACAAAUGGUUCCCCAGGAAAGCGUUACAAAACUCCCCACAUGCUAUUCAGGUCACAGGGUAGAUCCGUACUGUGAAGAAAGUCGACAGUUUUAUUCACAUCCAGGUCACCUGAAACUAUCUGAGAGAACGGGACAUGCAACGUCUUCUCAGAGACAACCUGGUGAAGUAAGAAAUGAACUGAAAAAAACAACUGCAAAGCAACAGCUUCUCAAUAUGCAGCCAUCUGAGAACAGUUCUAAAAUUCAAAGUGUUGGUAACAUCAGACCCCCUAAGCAAGCGCCAGCAUUUCAUGGUUCAGCUGCUCCUAUCAAAGGCAUAAAAACAUAUGCAUGUACAAACACAAAGAAAAAUGGCAAUGCUAACAAUUACGUUCCUUCUAAAAAACCAGCAGGGGACAGAAAAAUAAAAACAAAUGGCACAAAGCAGACAUCACGGAAAUUUAAGUGAAGAGUUGAUUAGUAAAUGUUGAUAUUUCUUGACUGCUAGAAAGCGUUUGGCCAAUGCAGAAGGGUCAUGUUAUCUUCAUAGGAAGAUCCUGAGAAAGUGUGUUCUUGAUUCAUGGUUCUAAAUCAGCACUGUUCAUUUCAAUACAUUUGAUGUUAAGCCAGCAAGGCAAGCAGGAAAUCUUUUCCCUAAAGGCAAGUGUCUUCCAUUAGUCUUUCCUCAAGCAUAUUGACAAUUGCUCAAGAGUAUGACAGUUUAGAGAUACACAUAGUUAUAAAAUGUCCUCCUAUUUGCACCAAUUGAGGUUUGCUGAAGUCUGCAGUGUUUCUUCUGCACUCCUUUUUGUGUAUUUGAGAGGAUAGGAUCUGAGCUCUUUAAAAGAUACGUUAUUUUGUGACAGGUUUUGUAAUGUUUUAUUCUGAUGGGAAAGGGCUCAAUUGUUUUUAUAAGAUAAUGGAGCAGCUUAUCUAUGCAAAGUCAAACUAAUUCUUCAUAGAAGAUGAUGAAUUUUUGGAUGAACUGGAUGUGUUUUGUUUUGCUACAAAGGAGAAUGGAGAUAAUGUACUGGAAUAUUUUAAUACUAAAAGGAUUCUUUUAAAGACAAGCAGUUGUUAGAAAGCAGACAGCUUCAAUAGUGGCAGAUUAAUAAAAUCAAAUGCAUAUUUUUAUACCCAGAAAACUUCACUGUUUACAGACAGCAUUCCUUCAUGUUCAUUUUGUAACCUUGAUGCUUUGUGUCAUUUUGAGGAAACGACCAAAUUUCAAAUUGCACAUGGAUAUUGAUGACUGAUGCAAAAUGAGAAUAUUACUGCACAAUCUGUGGCCUAAUGUUCAGAACUGGUAAGCUCUCAAAACCCAGAAAAUAGACUCUUAGGGGAUGAGCUUGAAGGCUAAUGUAAGUUCAAGCAAAGAUUUAUUUUGAUACAAAAAAAAAAAACCCUAUUUUCAGCCACCUGUGAUGACUAUUAUCUAUUCCAUGGCCCAUUCUGUGUCGGUUUGAUUUGCUUCUUGUUUGAAGAUUUAGUCAAGUGGCAUGGGGAAGUACCACAGAUAAAUAAAUUGUUCAACCAGAGUUGAGUUCUGUCCUUAGACCCUCUGAUUCUUCUUGUGUCUGUGGGAUACAGGAGAAUAUGAAAGAUAAUUCAGCAAGUAUUCAAGUGUCAGUUCAGCUCUUAGCUGGGAAUGCUACUCUGUUGAAAAUCUAGGAAAUGUUUUGAAGUUUGAUUCUUAAAUGAAAUGCUGAGCACCAUUGGUUCAUCCUCAGCCACCUGUCACAGUGAACUGUUGAUGAGAAGUAAGCUGAGGUCUGACAGACUGGGUUUUACAAGUGGAUCCUUCCCAUCCAGAUAGCAAAUCAGUUUGCUAUCUGGAUCAACCAUCCAUAGUAACCAUCAGUUACUAAAGAAUAUAUUAUGUACAUAGUUAAAUUGCACUUGUCUUGGUGAUCUCAUCUCUCUUGGUUUUAAGAUGCUUAGCUGUUUCUGUUCUUUCAUUGUGCCUAGUAGGUCUUCAGCUUUGUAAAAUCUCCAAGCAUGGAUUUAUAUGUAGUUUAAAAUGUGAGAAUAUUAAUAAAUGUAGUAAUAAACCAGAGUAUUUUACACAAAAACAAUGCUCAGGAAUAGACUUAAGAAAUAUUUUUAGUGGCUUUUUUCCUAGUUACUGGAGACCAAAUGUGACAUUUUAAAUUGAUGAAGGGAAACAAUUUUAAUAUACAGUAUUAUAUUUCCAUACGCAGUAUUUGCUAGGAUACAGUUAAAAUGAAUUGUACUUGCUUCUACAUUCUGCUCUAUGCAAUUAAAGUGGAACUUAAUCAGAUGUCCUCAAAGAUCAAAUAAUUUGGCUGUGUCAGAGGUGUGGAGAAACUUACAGGGUGGCAUUCAAAUACCAGCAGCUGCAGAGCAUUAGCACAUACUUGUGUUACAGUUUUAUCCUUUUGUUUUGUUCCAGACUCUGCCUCUAUUUCAGCUUCUUUAGAUGUAAAGGGCUUUGCAUCCAGUGCUGGGAUUUCAAGCUUUUGCCAAAUUCUACAAGCCUUCAUUAGUAAAGUUUUACUGAUUUACAUUAAGAUUAGUAACAGUAGGACUGCUCUUGCAGAUAAGCACGAUUUUAGUCCACUAUUUUAGCACAGUAUUGUAAGCUCCAACAGCAAGGUGAGCAGAAUCAGAAUGGCAGGUUUUUCAAACACGUUUUCUUAGAUGCAGUAAUUAAUUUAGUGUAUUAUUAUAACACUGAAUACUGAUUAGCGUAUGCAAAAUUUUCCUCUGACGUGUUGCUUUAUAUUGCUGCUUCCUCAGGUUACAAGGAAAGCAUGAAGACACGCACGUUUUGCAUGACAACUUCUUAAAGAACAAAUCGUGUUUCAGUCAGCUCUGAGCAGAGCAAACUCAACUGGCAGAGGAGUUCUUUUCUUGCAGACCUAGGAAUUAGAAAAUUCUGCUUUAAUGUAUUGCUUGUGGUCUAAUGUACAUCUACUGCAAAUCUGUUGCUGGAGACUUUAAAAAUCAAAUAGGCAGAAGUAGUGAUGACGUUGAAAAUAAAUCUGAAUACUGUUCGUCACAAAAAUUGGCUGUGGUCUGGACAAACAACGUUUAUCUCACAUGAUCGUUUUUGUUCACUGAUUUCAUACUUACACAGUAAAGUCUACUUUGUUUGCAUACAGAAAUAGAAAUUCUGAUUUUACCUCAAAAAUAAUUACUUACAUGGAGAGAUCUGCAAGUGUUGGAAUUGAUCCAGCACCUGUUUUGCUUCCACUUUAACUUGUCUGUGUUCCAGGCCUAUAGCUGAAAAGAGCUCCCUCUACAAAGAAGCCUAUGGUUUAUCUUUCUUUAAUUUUGUAUUGAUGGGCAUUGUCUUUAGAAACAGAAUACAAGAGAAAUGUUUAUUCCAUCAAAUGCAUUCCAUCUGGAAUUAAAAUAUUCCCAUAGCACACUGUUUGUGUGGCUAUUUCUGUAUCUUCACUGUGUUUAGCAAUAUGCUCCUAUGUUCACAUGUCUUUAAAUCUAAGCACUGAAGAUGCUUCUUGAAGAAGUUUACUGUGAUUUGAGAUAUUUGAGUGGGUUUUUUUUCCUGGGUAACGUAAAGGUUUAUUACAAAACUAAUAGCCUCAGGUUGCAUUUUAAAUAAAUACUCACAUUCUACUUCAGUUAUACAAGUAUAAGCUAGGAACAGCUCUUGUUCUCAGUGAAAUCACUUAGUUACAAAGAUGUAACCAAACAGUUUUGCUCCAAUACAUAUAAGUGGUUUUCCAUAGCACUGCUACAUACUAUUUUUAAUGUAUAAUGGAAAGGAAUUUAAAACAAAUUCCAAAUUUGCUCUCAAGACACUUUUUUCCCCCAUUACAUCUGUCUCUGCAAUCAAAUACUGUGGUCAGCUAUGGUUUUACCCCUUUGCACUCCUACACAGCCUAUGGUAGCUUUCAGUUGAAGACACUGUUCUGAUGUUUCCGCACCUUUCAUGCCUCCAGAUCUUCAUUUUGUUAUCUGCACAGACAUCAGGCUUUGGCAGUUACUCACUUAGAACUUAUGCUUCAAACAGGGAUUGCUACUGUGCGAGCAAAGCAUGCAAUCCUGGGAAAAGGGGCAUCGCAAGUGAAAGAGCCUGGGAAGGAACUGUUCAAUCAGUCCCUGCUGCUGGUUCAGCAUACUGAAUCACGGGAUGGCCACUUGCUGGUUAAGUGGAUUGCAUUUUUUCUUUGCAAAAGGGAGAUGACCUUUGCUGGUACAAAUUCAGUGUAGUGGAAUUAUAGUACUUCUGAAAGAGGCCAAAAGAUUCAGCAGUAUUUUUUCUAAGUUGAGUUGAGCACAAGCAGGUACCCACAACCAGGAGCUCUCACCUCCCAUGGGUGCCUCCCCCAGGAUGCUGUGGCUGCAGUCCUACUGCCCAUGUGCUACCAGCGCCCUUCUGUCAUCUGCUGCUGACCUGUGCAAUGUGAUGGAAGAGGGGAAUCAUGCUGCGCAGUAUGACUAUGCUUAUAUCCCUGGACUAAAAUGUCUUGUUUGACUUCAGCCUUCUUAAUUAUGCUGCAAUCUCAUUAUUCUUUUGUCCUUUCUUGUGUGUCAUUUAUUGUUGACUGAAGUAACUUUUGUAUUUCCUAUUUAAAGCAACUCGUUAGAAGGUUCAGAAUAUUUUGGCUGAUUUUUUUUAGGUGGGUAUGUGAUGCCUUCUUUGGAACUGAUAUCAUAGUUAACAAUUCUACCGUAUGAAAUUGCCUGGAAUGUACUCUUUUUUGGCCCUAUUUUGAAACACGUUCAGUCUUUUCUUUAUUGUUCCCACUGGAAUUAUUAGCGCUUUUUCUCAAGAAAAAUAAUUAAAACAGGCCAGUUUGUUUGGAGCCCAGGUUUUGAUGUUGGUAAUAAUUUGUUUAUAUUUAUUCAAAGCUUUUGUGGUUAUUUUUGCUGGAAAUUUCAUUGGAAAGUGAUCUUGUAAUUUAAAGUUACUGUCUAUUGACUACAUUAAAAAUGAGAUGCUGCCUA